CAGUGGGUCCCGAAGUCUUGCGCGCGCAGCUGCUGCGGGACAAGGUUCUGAACGCUUAUUGCGGUGCAGCUGGCUGCGGAUGCUGGUGCAGGUAUUGGUGCUUUCCGCCGUUCGGUUCGGGGCUGCGCGGGUUGUGGGCUCCGAGCGCACGCCUUGGGCGGAUUGGGACCCAGAGCGUCCCUCGCACCAGGCGCGCUGCGCUGCAGCUGCAGCUGCGGGGGCGUGCACUUCAGCAGCACCGCGCCUUCCCGUCCUUCCAUACCACCCUGUGCUCAAGUCUUGAAAACUUCGCCACCAUUGUUCCUUCAAGACUGUAAUUUGGAUUCCUGGAGCCUUUGGUAGUUUGCCGUGCAUAGAUAGUACCUGUUGGCAGAUCCCACUGAUACUCAGAUAGCCUAAAGAGGACUGGAUUCCUGCUGCUGAUACGAUGCAAGGUUUAGUGCCCUCAGACAUGACGACAGGCCCCUCAGCUUUGGCUUUGAGUGAACAGAGCAGGGUCCCCAGAGUGGAUACUCUGAGGGUCCAGGAGAGUAUGUUAAGAGGAAAUACUGAUGACCUGGAGUCUUUCAGGCAGAAGUUCAGGUGGUUUUGUUACUCGCAGGAAGAAGGACCCAGAAAAACCCUGAAUCAACUCUGGGAACUCUGCAAGCAGUGGCUGAGACCAGACAUUCACACCAAAGAGCAGAUCUUAGAGCUGUUAGUGUUUGAGCAGUUCCUGAGGGUUCUGCCUGGAGAGAUGAGGAUUUGGGUGAAUUCUCAGCAUCCUGGGAGUAGUGUGGAGGUGGUGACCCUGGUAGAAGACUUGAACCAAACACUUGAAGAAAAGGAAGAUCUCAGCACUCAGGCUUCCGCAGUUUGCAAAGAGGAGGAUUUGGGAGAAGAUGCAAUGGUGGUGGUGGUGAUGGCGUCACCAGAUCCUGAGCCACGUGAAUCUGUAACAUUUGAGGAUGUGUCUGUGGAUUUCUCCAGAGGAGAGUGGAAGCUACUGGAACCAUCUCAAAGAGAGCUAUAUAAGGAAGUGCUGCUGGAAAACUUAGGGACCCUAGAGUUUUUGGGCUCUCCGGUUUCCAAACUUGACUUGAUUUCCCAUCUGAAGUGGGUUAAAUUGCCAAGGGUACUGGAAAAAGAAAUCUUAAAAGACCCCAGACCAGGAGAGUUGGUAAAAGAGAGUGAGUCUAGACGUGAAUUGGAUGCUUUUAUGGAAGGCUUGACUUUAGAGAAAACAGUGGAGUACUGCUUCAGGGAUGGUGGUUAUGGCUUGAAGACAGAAUUCCAGAGGCGACAUGGCAAACCCAAGAAAGAUCAUGGCAAGCGGAGUAGCCAUGAGAAUAGAGAAUCUGAGACAGAAGGGACCUCCUCUGGGAAGAGAGUCAAGCAGACUUCUGACACACUCAAACAUCGGAAAGCCUCCUUAUCUAAGAUGUCUCAGAGGUCCAAGGAAGGCAAGAAGCCCUUCAGCUUUCAUUCAGCUCUCGUAAACCGCAGAGAGCUCAGGAGGGAAAAGUCGAGGAAAUGCGGUGAACCCGAGAAGGACCCACGUCGCCAUCUAUCUCCUGCUGAACGCAAGAGACAUCCCAAAAUUGGUUCCUUGAGUAAGACCGAGACGUGUAGUAAGUGUGGGGUAGCCUUUACUCAAAUCUUAGAGAAUUGCAUUGAGAGCUCUCAGUGUGAAAAAUGCCGGAAGAAUUUGUUUCAAGAUGAGGCCCCAAAUCAAGACAAGGAGCCUGAUCCUGAAGAAGCCAGUAAGUGCGGGAAGUGUGGCAAGGCCUUUGAGCCUGGUACGAAGCGCUCCGUGUGUCUCGAGUGUAGAAAGGCCCCCAAAGCUAGCGCCUCACCCAAGCCACACAACAAAGCUGACCGGAAAGAAAAGCGUUACAAGUGCGACGAAUGUGGGAAGCGUUUCGCCGAGUUAUACUUUCUCACUCACCAUCAAAGAACCCACACUGGAGAGAAGCCCUACGUGUGUAAACACUGUGGGAGACCUUUCAGCGACUACUCGUCAUUUUAUCAACACCAGAGGAUUCACACUGGAGAGAAACCAUAUACAUGUAAGGAGUGUGGGAAAUCCUUCACUCACAGCUCCUCUCUUUCAAAACAUCAGAGGAUACACACCGGAGAGAAGCCCUAUAAGUGUAACGAGUGCGGAAAAGCCUUUAGACAAAAUUCUUGCCUUACUCGACAUCAGAAGAUCCACACUGGAGAAAAACCAUUUUUGUGUAAGGACUGUGGACUGUCUUUCCGCCUCUUUAGUAGUAUCAUGUAUCAUCAAAGACUCCAUGCGGGAGAGAAGCCCUACAAAUGUACACACUGUGAGAAAGGUUUCCCCUCUCAUUCCCGCCUCAGUCGGCAUUUGAGGUGCCACACUGGUGCGAAACCAUACAAAUGCAAAGAAUGUGGGAAAACUUUCAGACAGAGUUCGUCGCUUAAUUUACACAUCCGAACUCAUACAGGAGAGAAACCCUACAAAUGUGAUUACUGUGGAGCGGCCUUUACCCGGAGCACAAUCCUCAUUGAACAUGUCAAAACUCACACUAACGUACAAUACGAAUGUAAGAAGUGUGGUAAGACAUUUAAAAGCCGUACGACCAGUCUUAAACAUCACUGUACACAGUAAUCCUGGGGAUGGAGGAUGGGGGAGGGGUGGUUAAUUCAGAUCGUGUGCUUAUUUAAAAGCUCGAAUGAUAAACUACCCACUGCAUUGAUUAGAAGCUUCAGCCUCAAUGGGUUCCCAACCAGGAAUAGACUUCUUCCCCUUUGGUCCUCUUCUUGAGGGUGGUCAGUUUUGAUUAAACCUGGUAAAGUCAUGUUGACGUGAAGAAAGCUGUGAUGUGAAACGAUUCUGAGAAGCCAAACUUAAGUUUCCUUCAAGGAAUUCUCCUUUUGGUCUCCCUUUCACUGCCAUACUGGAAAAGACCAUACCUGGACUCUCAUAACCUGGGUUCUAACCCAGUUUGCCAGCCAACCACUGUGUCACCUUAAACAAGUCAUUUGGACCCUCUGAAUAUUAUUUUCUUUACCAGUAGAGUUGAAGAGAUGAAGACUUCUAAGUUUCCUUUUUAUUUGAUACUAUGAUACUGCAGAAAUAGUUUGAGCAUUUUUAACUCAUUGGAAUUGUUGCACCCAGUAGAUAAGUCCCUUCUUACAGGUUAGUGAACUUCUAGAUUAGUGAGAACGUGGGAUGUUUGGUGUGGGAUCCUAGAAUGUGAUGAACAGAACAUACCAAGGAAGUUCCAUGAAGUAUGCUUUCAGAGAAUGUUCUAAUUUUUGCACAAGUCACCUCAACCUCUUUUGAGUUUUGCCUCAGUGGGUUGAAAAUCCAGAGAGCUUGUACCUGAGCUAGCUCAGUCCUAAUGGUAAUGGACCUAGGAGAGAAACCAAAACUAGCUGUUUAGGGUGGAUUACUUCCCUGCAGUGAGCCCAGCCUCCUGCACCUCUGUAAAAAUUCUGUAUGACAAAAGUCACAGGAUGUCAGGUUGAAUCAGAUUGGGGCCUUAGACUGUUUUUUAGUUGUGGAGUGGAAUAUGUAUACACAUACAAAGCUUUCACUACUUAGAAAUACGGAAUCUCAUGUGUUGAAGAAAGUAGAGUUUGUCUUUUCAAAUGUACAAGAGCUGACGACAUUAGUCUAUUAUUUCCACAAGUGCUCAGCUGGUCCUGGGUCGUGGUUGCCACUUUAGAUGCCAUGUUUCUCUUAUAGCUGGCUUUCUUAUGGCAGGCAUGUGAUUUUUUUUUUCUUUUUGUUAUCAUGCCCUUUGGAUGAUACAUACACUAAAAUCUCAAGGGACGCCAUUGAUAAGAAGUGAAAGUCAGGAAAAGAACACUUAAAUAAGUUGUAGUUGAUAGAUUCUUUUGUGAAGUGAGUCUUCAGUGGAAUGGACUAUACGGGUAUUGAUGGAUAUUCCUAAAAUUUGUCGCAGAUGGAAUCUUAAUUUCUAACUGGAAAAGGAAUUAAAGACUGUGAAUGAGCUAUUUUGGGUCUCACAUCAUUAGAUUCCAGAAGGGCCUGAUUAUUGUAAAUAAGUUCCUAAAGUUGAAAUUGGAGGCAAUUGCUCAUAAAGGGAGCUAAAGCAGGACUCUGGCCUUAUGGGCAUGAUGGGUCUAUAGUGUUGAUCUGACGUUCAGGAAUAUCAGGAAUAUUUGCUAAUGUAAUGUGCUUAGGUCUGAAAUGCUACUUCUGGAUAUAAGGUGGGUCCUUCUGGGUGGUUCUUACUAAAGCCCUAAAGAAUCAGACAUUGCUUCAUGAUAAACUGAUCAGUAAACAGACCAAGUAAACACAUUCCUGACACCAAAGGAACAUGGCUUAUGUGAACCUUUCACAUGGGCUUAAGGAUUUUCUGAAACAGUAUAUUUUAUUGAAGUAGUUAAUGAAGUACAUAAAACCACUCUUGAGAGUUGUUCCAGAAUGUUCUAGGGGAUUUUACAAGAGGAUGGUUUUAUCCCAAUCUCAGUUGGGGAUUAGAAUCAAAACCUCAUUUAAAUUUUAUUAAAAUAUAGAAUACAUGUGCUUAAAACCAAGGUUUGCUAUUUGUAUGAGUUUUCAUCAGUUUUACUGAAGUACACAUUCAUUACCAUAAUCCGUUUUUCAGAACAUCACCCUAAUAAGAGUAGCCAUUGGAUACACCCAUUUAUACAUAAUUCUUGGUCUCAUCUCUGACCCCAGGUAACCACUAACCUUGUAUUAACAGAAUAGCCUUUUCUAGUCAUUUUAUAUUGGCCUUUAUUUCCUUAUUACCAUCGUGGUUUUAGGUUUAUGCACGUUCUAGCCUAUGUGAUUUCUUACUAUUAAGAUGUUAUAUGUCAGUAUUGAUUAUCGUUAAAUAAUAUUCUAUUAUAUGAUACUUCGCCCAUGUACCUAUGAGAGGACAUUCUCUUCUUUCUCCUUAGGUGGUUGGCUGUUAGGAACAACACUGUGAAUGUAAUGUGUAAGUCUGUGUAGACAAUAAUUUUAAUUGUUUUGCUCAGUAGACAUCUAUGGGUAAAGUUUCUGGGUCAUGUAAAUUUUUGUUUAGCUAUGUAGGAAACCGCCACAUUGCUGUCCAGUGUGACUACAUCCUUUUAAAUUCUGGCAGCAGCAUGUGAAGGCUCCAUUUUCUUUACACCUGGGCCAAUCUUUAAAAAAAUGUUAGUCACUCUGAUGAGGGGCAUUUUUAUUUGCUUUUAAUUUGCAUCUCCCUGAUGACUGACGUCAUCAUCUGCCUUUCAUAUAUCUCCUUGGAGUUUUUUCAGAUUCCUUAUCCAAUUAAAAGUCAGGCUAGUUGAGUUAUAAUAAGUUCUUUAUGUCCAUACAACCCCUCAUCCAAUAUGAGCUUUCUAUCACUGUGUACUAGAGGGAAACUUUAACCCCUACUGCAAAAUAUUUAUCAAUAGCUAAUAAAUUGCACAAAAGCUAUUCAGUCUGUCCCAGCACCCAUGUACUUAAGUCAAUUUUGAGAUUGUCAGUGCAUCUAAGGAUUUUUAAUUUAUGGUUUGUGACUCCUCAUAGAAUUUCUUCUUAAAGCUUCAUUUAGCAUUUUUGUCUGUUUAUAAUGAUAAGGAUUUUAAUCAUCUAUAGUUUUAGACGAAGUCCUCACUCUUUAGAAUGUUUCACAGUGAGUUUCCAUAUAGAGAUUUCUUUCCCAUCAUGGAACAACCAAGCAUCUGCCAGUGAGUUAACUUUUAUUCUUUUUACUUUAGACAUAAAAUAUGUGUGCUAUAAAAUGAGCCAUCUCUGUUGCUUUUAGGUUGUUCCGUUCUGUGGUGUCCAUGUGUGAACUUAUCGCUCAUUUCCGUCCUCCCACACUCACCUCAUUGGAGAUUGGCUCUCCGUCCUCAUCUCUCCCAGCCAUCACAGUUCCAUUUCCUUCCCUCACCUGGCUCUUGUCCAUUCAUUCGUCACACAUAUAGAAGACAAUACUUGGCUUAUCUCACUUGGGUAGACCAUUGGAGGCGUUCAAGGACAUCUUCAGGUGGACUUCCUAGUGCAGAGUACAUGUCCCCUGUGUCACUGGUCCCACAAACUAAUCACCUGCCCAUUCACACUGAAGAACCUGAGACUAUGUACCUGCCUCCUCUUAGGAGUCUGCUUUAGCAAACUGAGUAAGAAUGCUUUCAGCAUGAAUCACACACUGUAACCAAGUAAUGAGAAAGAAAAAAAAAGCCCUAUUAUCUCUUACUUUAAAAGGACGACCCAUCUGGUCUUUAAACUCAGCUACAAUUCUAUCUUCUUGAAAGAAAUGAAUCUUUCUGCUUAGCUGGAAUUCCUUAACAGACGAAAAGCUUUUCUAAUAAUUCAGAUGUCUGAGACUUGAGGCAAUGAAUUGGCUUCUCUUUGUAAAUGUAGGCGUUCUUUGAGACAUCAUCAGAGUUUUCCCUGGGCAACGUCUUACACAGAUCAUCUAAAACUAAAAAUGUACUUGAAAUUUUUCAAAUUUUGAGUCAACUGAUUUUCGAUGAUAGAAAUAAGUGUAUAUAUUCUGUGAGAAAUAUGUAAUUUGCUCGUGUUGACCCUGAGCAGAAUUGCUCGGUGGUGUGGUGUUUCCUGUUUCCGUGGGUAUCUUUCCGACAAUCGUUUCUCCAGUGAUUUGAGUAGAGUGCAAUACUUGGCUUUACUUUCAUCUGAUCUGUGGUUCUCUUUGCGCGUGUGCGCAUGUGCAAGGGGCAAGCUGCCGUAUAACUGGCACACUUAGAAUCCGAAACCUGCUAAAAAAAAAGUCGCUUAAGGUAUUUUGGUUAGAAAUUUAGAUUUCAUUUUGCUGGUUUUUUGUGGAAUUUUCUUUUGACUAAGUUGCUGAAGAACGACGUAGAUCUGAAACACCGUCUUCAGUGUUGCCUACUGUGUUAUCUUCAAUACUUGAACUCUGUGUCUGCUGCUACUGCCGCCGCUGCUGCUGCUGCUGCUACUGUAAAUUGCAACUGGCAUUCAUCAGUGAAUGUGCAUUGGACCCUCUUCCAGUCCCUUCUUUCCCUACGGGGACACCUACAGUAUGAGCUUCUGUGUCUGCACUGAAUCCUGCCUUAGAGAUAUGCCUUUGACGAAACUUUAAAUAUUUUUCAUGUAUUUUUACCUAUAGAAUACUCAUGACUCCAGUAAGAAGCACUUUGAUUUAUGGUUAUGAACUGUACAGGUAACACCUCACUGUGCUAUUUGCCUAGCGUGUUGAUAUAAUCCUUUAUGAUAUCCCAUCUGUGCAGAGACAAAUGUCAUUUGUCGGUUUGUCAAUGCUGACUAGAUUGGUGACGUAUUUGUGUAUCACUGAAGAGCGCACCUCUUCUGCAGUGUUAAGAGCACCCUGUAUGGUGCGGUAGUUAAAGUGAAUCACAGCUAAACAAUAAAGUUGUAUUUAAUGAAGAAUA